UGGUUUCCUCUGAAUACAGAUAGAAUCUAAGAAAGCCAUGAGAGGAUGUUCGAUGAUCUUCCACCGUCAGUCAAAAAGCAGUUUAUGUCUGUUGCAGUACCUGAGAAAACAUUACAUACGAUGGGGGUGAUUUUUCUCUCUCUUUUCUGUCUGCUUUCAUGCGUCAUAAUGAAAAUCUCACCCCUGCAUCUCCUUGAACUCCCUCCGAUGGAAUGUUCUCAAGAGGGAAUAGCAUGCAGGGUUCAAGCAGGUAACUGCUCAGAUGAGGGUUGGGUGGUGCGAAGGAUUGAUGCCCCAGGGCUUCCUAUUGUAACUGCAAACGUAGUAGCCAAGAGGAUUGACAGUGGACAGUUUGCACUAUUCCUAAACAUUACAUGGAGCCAGUUACCUGACGGUAGUAUAUUCACCCUCAAAGGGACUGAAGUGCUUGUGGUUGAAAUGUCCACAAAUCACAGUGUUUGUGUUCGUUACAUUUUUCGUGACAAACUACCAGGGACAAGUAACCCAAACCUGGGCAGGUGGACAUUUUCUCUGGACAGAAUUGUGGUCAUUCCCAACUUUAAAUACCAGGUUUUUGUAACCAAUUUACCAAAGCCAGACAAAGGGAGCUACACAACAGUAACCAACAUCACAGUUCCAGAGAGCAUCUGGGAUACGGAGGUAAAAUGGUCAGUGCAAAACCAUAAAGAAAGCAGUGACUUGAUGAUAACUGUAGAAUUUAAACCAGAAGAGUUCUCUGACCAAUAUAAAGUCUCCAUCUGCAGUCCUGACCUUCAGCCAGAACCAUUUCACAAUGUCAUAAAGGAUAACAAGCCAUUUCUGAAGGUUAAUUUCACAUUGGAAGCAUGUAAGAUAAAUCACUGCAAUUUGGAAUUAGUGAUUCAGCCACUGUCUGUUCAAAGCAUGAAUGACUGUCUGGAAUACAGAGGGAACAUUGAUAUCUGUCCCUUUCUUCCAGGUGCUCCUGUUGUUUUUAUCAUUUUGGUGACCCUGGGGCUGUUGUUGGCUUCAUUGGUAGCUGCUGUUUGCAUUUUUGGCUGUAUUGUAUUUUUGAAGAACAAGGAUUCACAUAAAGAAGCACCCUCCUCAGACAGCUCAACGUGUGCAAAGGUUAAACCGGAGUGGAAUCCCGUUCACGAGCCUAAGAGGGUCAUCGUUAUCUACUCUCUGGACCACCCCCUGUACAAAGAAAUCAUCUUGAAGUUAUGUGCCUUUAUGAGGGCUAAAUGUGGCACAGACGUCACUCUGGAUCUCUUGGACUCUGCCUGGGUCAGCACAAUCGGCAGAAUUCAGUGGCUGGAUAUGCAACGGGAACGAAUCUCCAAGUCCUCAGAUAAAGUCCUGAUCUUGUGCUCUCCAGGCGUACAUGCCAAAUGGAAGGCUAUGUGCGGUGAGCACAAAGUGAGACUAAAGGAGGACGAACGUUCAUCCAUUGGAGAUAUGCUCACGCCGGCUCUGAGCCUGAUUAUACCGGAUUUUGUUCACGCUUCAUCUUUCCACAAGUACAUGGUGGCUUAUUUUGAUGACGUGUGCAGUGAGGAUGACAUUCCGGCACCUUUUAACGUUGUGGUGAAGUACAAACUCAUGAAGCACUUUGAAGAACUUUACUUCCGAAUCCUAGGCAUGGAAAAGCAUGAGCCGGGACGGAUUAAGUGCAUCGAAGGCAUUAGGGAGAGCGAUUACUUCAACUGUCCAUCAGGACGAGGACUUCAGGAUGCUAUUGAAGCUUUUAAAAAUUACCAGCUGAAGAAUCCGAAUUGGUUUGAAAUGGAGCUUUUGGACACUGAUGGUGAAGAAGAGGAAACCAUCUUCAAGUCAACGUUUCCUAUGGACGUUAACUAUAGCUGUGUCACUGAAUGCUAUCAGCUGAUUGAAGAGCAGAAAGCUCAUACUUUUGUCAACAGGAUUAAGUAUCAUAAUGACGAAAAUGUUUUAAAGUCUUCCAUGGCAGAGACAGCUAUAAUACUGAGUGAGAAUUCUUCAGUUCUUACCACAGAUGUGCAUUACAGUGGUCCAGUACUGAGUACCUUAACAGCUAUUGACAUGAAAGGUUUAAAAGCGACUAAACCUGUGGCACAACGUGAUUUAUGCUUACAAGCUUUGUGAAUCUGUCUGAAUUAAGACUGAUAUCAUUACAUUUGUUAUAAUUUAUAAUUUCCUGAUUUACUUUUAUAUGUACACUACCAGUCAAAAGUGUUUUUUAAUGUUUUUUUUUAAAAAAACUCUCUUUAUUUGAUCUAAAAUACAGAAAAAACAGUACAAUUUUGAAAUAUAUUUACUAUUUUUUCUGUUUUCUAUUUUGUUUAAAUGUAUUCCUUUGAUUUCUGAAUUUUUAGUAUCAUUACUCCAGUCACACGAUCCUUCAGAAAUCAUUCUAAUAUUUUGAUUUGCUGCUCAAAAAACAUUUAUUAUUAUUAUUAUGUUGAAAACAGCUGAGUAGAUUUUUUCCGGUUUCUUUGAUGAACAGAAAGUUCAGAACAGCAUUUAUCUGAAAUAGAAAUCUUUUGUAACAUUAUAAA